CUUCACGAGAGAGUUUCGAGAGUAAAGUCGGCAAAAGGUUUGAGGAUGCUCAUACAGAACCCACCAGAGAUCCCGAAGGACUAUACAAGGAACAUAGUCUUCACCGAGGCUUUUGCUGAUAUCAUGAAUGCUUGAACUACAUAUCAGGUUAGACCAUAAAAUUGCGCCACUUUCGUUUUAUUGAAUGUAGUUUAACAUUAUGCUUGCUGAUCACAGGGUGUGUGCAAGUGUAUCAAUGAGUUUUAUUAAAUAAAUCCCUUUUUCCAGGAUUGCGGCAACAAGUUGUGUGCUUGGACGAGCUGCAGAGUGCCCAGGGCUACUGAUUUUGCCAGAGAUGAGCAGCACUUUUGUCAAGAACAGAGAGUUUAUGUUCCUCAGUGUUUGAUAUUGGUCUGCUGUGUAGGUUAUUGAUAACUAAGAAACAGGUUCCCUAGUAAAUCUGGUGUUUGGUUUUCCACACAAUGGUUCCAACCAAUUUUGUAAGCUGGUGACAAUCAGUAAAUCUGGUGUCUCGAACUGCCAGACAGACCAGAGCUCGGAGGUAAUUCCCCAUCUUCUUUUGCGUCACAAAAUUUACAGUUUAAGAUUACUACUCAUAAAUGGGUUUCGUCUACCACUCAGGGACCCCACCGAAAAUGGACGAUUUGGAAAAUGAACGCCGCUCUAAAGAAUGCGAUUCAACGGUCCCCAUCGAUCCGCAAGGUAAAAACUAAAAGCCUUUAUUUUAUGAAGUGGUCCCACGAAAGUGUCUCGAUUUCUCUGUGAUUUUUCGCACGAUUGUUAUUUUACUUAUGUGUCUUGCCUUUAUUCGUGUUCUAGAUGCCAUUGUGGCUUCCAUGGGUUUUCGCGGUUUGCGUUUGGGUACCAACCAUCGUACCGUUGUGGCUCGCCUUGUGUCAGAAUACCGACACGGAGAAGUUUGGAAGAAAAGGACUUAACACAUGCUUUGGCUCGACAAAAAGGUUCAUUCCCACUUCUCAAACCAUUAUAUGCAUAAAAAGAAACAUUUACCGACACAAUUUUUUGAUCGUGCAAAGAUUCUGGGUUACUCAAAAAUUCGCUUACCUAUGCAAAAUACCAAAAAUUGCUUCUCAUAUUUCAGAGCCAGCUGAUCGAAGCUUUGGUUGAGGAGGAGCACAUUCGUGAAAUCUCUAAGAAUAUUAAAAUUGGUUGCUUGCUGGACCUGCAAGAGAAAAGGGACGCAUUGUCCCGAGAGAGUUACGCCUGCACCUGACUCCGAACCAGAUCAUCGGCCGCAUUGAAGAAAAGGCAGGCACAUCACAAUUUCCAAUGUGCCGAUACAUGCGAUUCACUUUUUCAACAUUGCCAAUACAAACACCCAAGUUUGAAUGCUAUGCAGGAUGUGUGAGGCGUAUCACGCUUCGAGAAACCAUCGAAGGUUGUCUGAAGAAAUUCGACUUUGUCAUACAAGAUGUCUGUGGAGAAAAGGCAAUUGUUCGCCAUUAUGGGUAUGAUAUUGGUGAAUUUUUAGAGAAUGCACCAGCAGCUGAACAAUGCAUGCCGUUGAUCGUCAAAAUUACAUCACUGAUGCGAGUAGCUCUUACCAACGACCAUAAAUACCAGUAUGAGUUUGAAUCCACACCUGCCAGUCGACUCUGUGAGGAUGUCAUGGACAUCUUUGUGCAGUGCCGCAAACCAGUUUGGUACAUUGAUGAGAAAAAAUUGGUUGCCUCCGCACCAAUCGCCCACCAAAGAAAACUCUGGCAGAAAUCAAGGAGCAACUCAAUGGCCAACCAGAAAGACAAAAGACCCUUUAUCGAUGCAUCAUCAACAUCUCGCAGGUUGUGUAUAGAAAGAGCAUGUGCAGUUCAACUCCAGAACGACCAGAUUUGCAUUAUAAACUGGCAGUCAAAUGUCAUCAAGGUUCAGUCGAAGCUGAUGUUGUGUUCGAACAUGAAGCAGUCAUCUCGAUAAUUCAUAUGUCGCCCACUAAAUUUCGCUACAUGGAAAAAGAAGAAGUUGUGGCACUUAUUAAGAGGAAUUGUGUCCGAACAUUUGCAGCAGAGUUGUACAUUGCCUGGCCAAAUCUGAGCAACAACGAUUCCAGAGCUACCGGACAGAUCAGAGUUGCCACACUCUGGGACCGAACUGCCUUCGACAAGUGAUCGUGCACUCUCAAACAUAACAUUAUUAGAUCAGGGAAUCGGUCACCAUAUGUUUCUUUCUUGGUCAGACUUCCCAACUCCCUGAAUUUCAUAUCUCCCACUCAUCAUCAGACAGUUGAUUAUAUGUAUGUUCGCAACUAUCAGACACUUUUGCAUAUUCAUGGAGUUUGUUUUGUGAUCCGUAUGGUCCUUCUGGAAAUUAGGACAUAAUGUUUUGUGUUCCAUCAAUGGAUGCAUAGGUUUGAUUAAGUUUGCGGAUUUGAGUAACCGUGUUUUCGCAUUGUGCAAGCUUGCAUGUUGAUCUGUGCAUUUUCCAUGACAUCAAAUCAAACUAAUGAGUGCACAAAAAAUUGUUUGACAGUCCAUAUAUUUUUUUUACAAAAUACACGGUACAAGUCUUGCAUCCAACGAUGCACAGAUGGUAGGAUCGAAGUCAGGAAAAUUGCGCAAUUCCAGCAUUUCCCGCUGCAGAGCACAGGCUUAUUACUAGUUUUCAUUAUUAAACAAUCAAUUGUUUU